ACUUCCGGGUUCUAAUGGAUUCAUCUCUUGCUGUCGUUUGGAUUACGUUUGCCAGUUGGUGUGAGUCAUUAUCCCGAAGUUUCGGACACUGCAACGUCGACACCGCAGCGUUUGGCCGCCGAACAUCUCGAUAUGGCUCUAAAAUGGACUGUCAGUCGAGGUCGUACCAGAGCGACGAGGACGCGGUGGGUGCUCCUGCUAGUGUGCGUGUACGUGUGCCGAGCAUCACAGCCUCGGCAGCAAGAGGAAGAGAACAAUGCGAUGGAGAACAUCGUUACUGAGAAGAAGGCUGAGGAGAGCCACCGUCAGGACAGCGCAGACCUUCUCAUCUUCAUCCUGCUCCUCACAGUCACUAUCCUCACCAUCUGGUUGUUCAAACAUCGCCGGUUCCGGUUCCUCCAUGAAACUGGACUGGCGAUGAUUUAUGGUUUGCUGGUGGGCCUGGUCCUGCGCUACGGCGUCCAUGUCCCCCAGGACAUCAGCAAUGUCACACUGAGCUGCCACGUCAACGCCAGCCCAGCCACGCUGCUUGUCAACUCCAGGGGAAAGUUCUACGAGUACACGCUGAAGGGCGAGAUCAGCCCCAGCGAUUUGAAUGAUGUGCAGGACAACGAGAUGCUGCGCAAGGUGACCUUCGACCCUGAGGUUUUUUUUAACAUCCUCCUCCCGCCCAUCAUCUUUCACGCUGGAUACAGCUUAAAGAGGAGACACUUUUUCCGAAAUAUGGGCUCCAUCCUUGCGUAUGCCUUUUUAGGGACAGUAAUUUCCUGUUUUGUCAUCGGGUUGUUAAUGUAUGGCUGUGUGAUGCUGAUGAAGAAGAUGGGACAACUCGGUGGAGACUUCUUCUUCACCGACUGUCUAUUCUUUGGGGCCAUCGUCUCUGCCACCGACCCUGUGACUGUGCUGGCCAUCUUCAACGACCUGCAGGUGGACGUGGACUUGUAUGCGCUGUUGUUUGGCGAGAGUGUGCUCAACGACGCUGUGGCUGUGGUUCUCUCCUCGUCCAUAGUGGCAUACCAGCCAGAAGGCGACAACAGCCACACCUUUGAGGUCAUGGCCAUGCUCAAGUCUUUUGGCAUGUUCCUUUGCAUCUUCAGCGGCUCCUUCGCUCUGGGCGUGGCCACCGGAGUCGUCACAGCACUCGUGACAAAGUUCACCAAGCUAAGAGAUUUCCAGCUGCUGGAGACAGCAUUGUUCUUCCUCAUGUCUUGGAGCACCUUCCUGCUGGCUGAGGCUUGUGGCUUCACAGGUGUGGUGGCAGUGUUGUUCUGCGGAAUUACUCAGGCCCACUACACCUUCAACAACCUGUCACCUGAGUCCCAAGACAGGACCAAACAGUUGUUUGAGUUGCUGAACUUCUUGGCGGAGAACUUCAUUUUCUCCUACAUGGGUCUGACCUUGUUCACCUUCCAGAGCCACGUCUUCAACCCCAUGUUCAUCGUAGGGGCUUUUGUAGCAGUGUUCUUGGGCAGGGCAGCCAACAUAUACCCCCUUUCCUUCCUCCUCAAUCUGGGCCGACGCAACAAAAUCAGAGCCAACUUUCAGCACAUGAUGAUGUUUGCAGGACUGCGGGGCGCCAUGACCUUUGCCCUGUCGAUCAGAGACACGGCUACAUACGCGCGUCAAAUGAUGUUUUCCACCAUGCUGCUUGUCGUCUUCUUCACCGUGUGGUUCUGUGGUGGCGGCACCACUCAGAUGUUGUCCUGCCAACUCAUACGGGUCGGUACGGACUCGGACCAAGAUAACUCUGUAAGUAUCGGAGAAGGAUCCGAGCAAAGAACUACCAAACAGGAAAGUGCCUGGAUUUUCCGAAUCUGGUACAACUUUGAUCACAACUACCUGAAGCCCAUCCUGACCCACAGCGGUCCUCCACUCACAGCCACGUUGCCUGCCUGCUGUAGCCCCCUGGCCCGCCUUCUCACCAGCCCGAAGGCCUUUGAGAACGAGUGUCAGAUCAAGGACGAUGACUCCGACCUCAUCCUUACUGACGGAGAUGUCAACCUGAACUAUGGCGACAUCACUGUCAGCACCGACACCACCGGGCCACGCACCAGGGAUGGCCCUGCCCAUGCCGACAACCUGGACCGAGAGCUGGCAUACGGCGACCACGAGCUGGUGAUAAGAGGCACACGCCUUGUGCUGCCCAUGGACGACUCUGAGCUGCCGUUCACAGACCCGCACUUGUGAAGGCAAUCUCGCAUCUCGCCCAUCCAACAUGGCACUUUUUUGCUCUUCGCCUCCCCCACUGUCUUUACCUAUCACUCCGCCAUCUUUUCUUCACUCACAAUAUUUAUGUUGACUUUGGGCUUCACUUUCAGUCACCUUACUGUAGCUUUGCACAGCAUGUGUUGUAUCAUAUAUUCUAGAAAAAGCAGCAUUAAUGUGCAUGCUGACCAUUUCUUUUUUGUUUGUUUGUGUGUUUGGGCCGAACCGCAGCUGGAUUGCAUUGUGUUUUGGCUCGGACCUCGAAUGUACACUGUAAGUGUGCUUUCAAUUAAGUGCCUGCUGGGGAGAUGUAGUUUUGGUUGGACAGAAGAGGGUCUCAAGGACCCAGUAUACGCUCAUUUUUUAAUGGCAGUUGCAAAAUGGGUUGGAUCCUCUGACUGUGACCUGGACAUAAUGUUACACUAUUGUUGCAGACCUCCACCAAGGCUGAAUACCCACAUCCUGCAUAUGCAGCAGUUUAGUAAUUCAAACUCAUGCAUUAAUCAUGAAAAAAUUAACGUAAUUGUUGCAAAGUCAGGUUUUUCAAAAUACUAUCUAUCCAGAUGUGCACCAAAAUGUAAUGGAUUUGUCCUUCGCCCUUGUGGCUGCCUGUCACAAAACCUCAUUCAAGCAGUUACAUUGUUUUUUAAGUGAUUUACUGACAAACUAAAAGUUAGCAUUGGAAAAUAGACAAUUUCUGUGUAGAUUUAUAUGAAUUUAAAUUAGUGCAUGAGAAUGAUGCUGGAAAAAUUUCAGUUUUACAUUUGUCUUUAAUUCUUAUAAACAGGACAGCCGUUUUACUGUUCCUUUUUACUACAGUGUUCCCUCGUUUAUUUUGCGGGGGAUAGGUUCCCACAAUAGCCCGCAAUAAGUGAAAUCUGCGAAGUUGCCAACAUAAUUUUUUAUGAGGAGAGAGACACUCAGAAUGCAAUUCUCCAUAAAGGGUCUGGCUCGGCCUGUAACAGCGUUCAUACCCUGUAAUUAAAAAAAAGAAGCCCUAAAGAAAUUCGGCAAAUCCACUAAAGGUGAACUGGGUUAGAGUGAGGGAGCACUGUAUACCAUUAUUAUUUUGCAUUAUUACAAUUAUUAGACUAAGAGUGAUUCAGAAGACUCUUAUGAAGACUGAAUAGAGAGACCGGAACUCGCCCAGACAUGGGAUAGUGGGGCCUCACCCUCGAGCCAGACCCAGGGGAGGGGCUCGCAGGCGAGCGCAUGGUGGUCGGGACUUCACCCGUGGGGCGCUGCUGGGUCCAGCCCGAAGAAGCCACACGGGAUCUCCCCCUCGUAGACCAACCACCUGCGGGGGCAAACAUAAGGGUCCGGUGCUUUUUUGGGUGGCGUGGAGGACGGGUGCCUGAGCGACCUGGUCUUCGGCGGCCAAAUCUGGUUCUUGGGACAUGGAAUGUCACUUCUCUGGUGGGGAAAGAGCCUGAACUUGUGCGAGAGGUUGAGACAUUCAGACUAGACCAGGGGUGCUCAUUAAGUCGAUCGCGAUCUACCGGUCGAUCGCGGAGGUGGUACUGGUCGAAAAAAAAAAUAUCAUCCUCGCAUCAAUGCCGUCACUUGAUUGAUAUACAGGGCAGCCAUUCAGAUGACAACUGAAUGUUGCCCUUCGGGCGACCAAUCAAAUCAAACAACGUCUCUAAGUGCAGCAGAACUUACGAUGUCAGCCUAUCAUCCAUCCCCGUUACUUGAUUGACAUACAGGACAACCAGUCAGAUGACAACUGAAUUUUGACCUUUAGGUCACCGCUCAUGCGUAAACAACGAUGCAAAGUGCUAAGCUAGUCGGCGAAUAGCGUCAGAUUUCAAGCCCUCGCUAAAGUUUAUGGUCACUAAAAUGAGUGAAGGAGCUGGACCAAGUAAAAAGGCAAAAACAUAUCACUUCCAUACGGAAUGGGAGGUGGACUUUUUUUUCACAAUGUCUUUUUCGAAGUGCGUUUGCCUCAUAUGCCAUUCUACCAUCGCAGUACCAAAGAAGGGAAAUGUGGAGUAAUGUGGAGGUAAUUACAAAAAAUGUUAAUAGUUAAUUAUGUGUGUUUUGCAAUAUUGGCUCAUUUGGUUAUGUAAGGUACAUCAACAUACAUUGUACGUACAAAUAAUCCUCAAUACAUUUGAAAAUAAAUAGAUGUUUUGCAUUUUUGUAGUGGGUAGAUCAUUUUGACUCGGUCAUUUUAAAAGUAGCUCGCAUGCUGAAAAAGUGUGAGCACCCCUGGACUAGACAUAGUCGGACUCACCUACAGUCUAUUCCAGAGUGCCGGAGAGAAGGCUACGACCGUUGGUCGAACCUUGUUCAAUGCGGUUUUCGUACAGGUCUCAAACACUGGACCAGCUGUGAGUGUAUCCGGAGCUCAUGUCUUAGCAUUGUAAAUGAUGAUGAUGAUGAUAAGAAAAAUGUUUAGAUGGACUUUUCAAACCACUGUGUGUGUAAGCCCUUGUUUUUUUUUUAUUGCAGAUAAGUAUAACGAUGGACAGCCAACCUUGUGAGGACAAUCCAUUUGUGUCUUUUUUUUGUCUUUUUUAGGUCAUUUUGGCUUGUCCACACAAGGAAAAUGUUAGAAUGAGUCUUGAGUGAGUGUUGGACUUUGUGUUGUACUUUCUUCCAACUUUGUCAUAAUAAAGAUGGAAGGAAGCAUAGUAAUCUGUUACUGUUAUCACUGUAAUCACUGUUAUCGUCUGCUGUGCAAUAACGCCUCAAAAAGUAUUUUUGUUGCUUUUGUUACAGCCAUGCCUCAUGAAUUUUUAAGACAUUUAUGCCAUUUUUCCUUUUUUUAAUUUGCAAAAGGACAAUAUAAAAAGGACGUUAUAUUUGCACUGCAAAGUCUCACUUGGUUACUUUGGGAUGAUUGAAAUGUAAAUGUAAUGAAUGCAAAGUUCCCUUUGUGUAGUUGCAGUAUUCAUCCAGGUGUGUUCUUGUGCAUUUGUAUGCUGUUGUCAUGGAUACUACAGAGCAUGCAUCUGUCUCAUUCUUUCCGCUGGACUCAAAAUAUAACAAAGAAGUGGACUAUUUCUCUUUGUGGAUGAAGAUGACCAAAGAGGUUUGCUGUGCUGUUUAGUGCAACGUGUGUGUGUGUGUGUAUGCUGUGCACGUACUGUUUACACCCGUGUAAAUAUCCUCAUCUGUGUGCAAUAGACCGAAAGACAUUAAGUGGGAGCAAUGCUUUCCAUUAAAACACCCCACAAUAAAUGGGAUGUAUGGAUUGUGUAACCAGGAAACACGGUGCAGUGCCAUAUGUGUAGCAUCAACAUCUUAAUGACAGUUAAUACAAGAGUUACUUAACCAUAAACCCUAACCUAAAC